AUCGGUAAAACUGAACGGUUACUGCGAUUAACAGCCAAGAUGGUGGCUCUACCAAGUACUGAUGUGAUUCUGCUUGUUAGAACAGUGUUAUAUGGAGCCAUUUUCAUACUGUCAAUGUUCAUUUUUGCCCCCAUGGCCAACCAAAUGAAUACCCAUGAUGGUUUAUGUGUAUUAUAUGGUGAUGCAGAGGCAGUAGAGGGUUACAGUGAGAAAACAACUUGUAACUAUACUAUAGCUAUUGGUGUAUUAUUUGGUUUUAUAUAUGGAGGUAUUAUGACAGUUGUAGGAGUAUUGUCCCUGCUAGGAAAAUUAAAAAAGCCGGAGAAUUUCAGUGGUGUGUUAUUUCUUAUUAAUGUUAUACUGGACCUAAUUUCCUUCAUAUUAGUUUUAAUCACAGCAUGUAUGAUCAGUGUUGGUUUUCAAGCAUUAUGUAAUAGUUUGAUAUCUAUAUUACAAAUCAAAUCAGACUCAUGCCAACAAGUCUAUUUAAAAAUACCUAGUACUGGUGAACGUGAUGAAUUUUAUACUCCUUUAGCUGUUGCAGAGGCUGGAGCAUGGAUAUCGUUUGUUAUUUGGAUGUUACAAGUAGUGAUAGGAGUGUUUUUGUUAUGGAGAAACAAUAUGAUUCCUUGUAUUAAGAAUAACUCAGCAGCAUCUACUACAGCAACUACUGAUGAUAGAUAUUAGUUGUGGAACUUUAUGAAUUGAUAAGUCAGCUAAACCAUUAGUAUUGUGACUCUUAUUUGCUUCAGUCAUUCAAGCUAUCACAUUCUUA